AUGGAGGAAUUGGACAAGUUUGUCAUAGUCUUCAUCAACGACAUCUUAAUAUACUUCGAGUCCACCGAGGAACACACUAAGCUCCUGAGGAUUGUGCUCGAGAGGUUGAGGCAGAACCAGUUGUAUGCCAAGUUCAGCAAGUGUGAGUUUUGGCUAGAGAAGGUUGCUUUCCUAGGACAUGUCCUGACUGCAGAUGGUGUUGCCAUAGAUCCUGAGAAGAUCGAAGCAGUGUCAGAGUGGCAGCAGCCGAAGAAUGUUACCGAUAUCCGAAGCUUCCUGGGUUUAGCAGGUUAUUACAGAAGAUUCAUCGAGAAUUUCUCCAAGAUUGCCAAGCCAAUGACCGACCUACUCAAGAACAACGUACCAUUCGUCUGGAUACCCAAGUGUGAAGCCAGCUUUCAAGAGCUCAAAUCCUGA